AUGCUGGUGACCUAUUUGGAAGCCAGCCGGGACCUUUGCGAGACGGACUCAAUUCUCUUUGGCGCCGCAGUGGCAGUUUGCCGUAUUAUUGGCGCCAAACUUCCCAUGGCUGGACGCGCUACUACACAAAGUAGCGCCAUCCCAGCCUGGAGAAAAAGAAUCGAGGACCGUAUCGCAAAGGCAAGGGCCCUUAUCGGCAGACUGACAAGCUUCAGGUCGGGUAAUAAUAGACCGAGGAUUAUGCGCACCGUUAGGAUGGCGUUUGCUGGGACAAAUAUCAGUUUGUCCCAGCCGGAUAUCACGCAGAAACUAACGGAGCGCAUAGACGACCUGAAGCAAAAGAUCGCUGCUUGGGGGAAGCGGAUUCGACGAUUUACCGACAGGUCAAGGCGGUUCAACCAGAAUCGUCUCUUCCAGAGUGAUCAGAAGAGGCUCUAUAAAUCAUUGGAGCGGCCAAAGGUAUGUGGAGCGGGCCAAGGACCGGAUCAGGCAGACAUUAUCGCAUUCUGGCGUGGCCUGUGGUCAGAGCCCGUAAACCACAGCGAGGGCCCUUGGAUGGAAGUUGUGGCGAGCCAGGGUGCGAGUGUUACGCCUAUGGACCCCAUCACCGUAACGCCGGAAGACGUGGCUGAGGCGGUCCGUAGGGCCCCGAACUGGAAAAGUCCGGGGCUCGACGGGCUGCAUCAUUACUGGCUGAAGGGGUUCAUAGUGUGUCACGCUGUGCUCGCCCGACAGUUUCAAGAGGCUCUCGACCAGAAGUCGCUCCCGAGCCUCUUCACUACUGGGAUCACUCACUUGGUUCCUAAAGAUCAGGAUACCACAGACCCGAGCAAAUACCGCCCCAUCACGUGGAUAGCGUAUCGGGCUCGGAUGCAUUGCUUUUUUGCUGAGCUGGAUCCGUCUAUUCCCGUCACGAAACAAAACCUGGCAGACCGAGUUCGGUACAUCAUGCGCUCGAAAAUAUUUGAUGAUGCCGAGCUCGAACGACUUCGACGUGAGGCAAUUCCCUUAUCAAUUGAAUUGGCUAUGGUUGGAGAUGCGGCUCCUCAGGCGACAAACCAGCCGCCACGCGUAGAAGUCGCCAUGGAUCUUCCAGUUGUGGUUGAUUCGGACGAUGAUGAAAUGGUCUCCCACGAACUAGAGCAAAUGAGGAGUAUAUUGGAAGAGGCGAUUUUGGAAACGCGCAGCAUGCCUCUCGAAAAUCGACCGCGACUUCCCCGCAUACCCCUAAGCAAGCGAAAUCGGGCUGUCAUGAGGGCUCUUAACCCAAUGCUGGUAACCUAUUUGGAAGCCAGCCGGGACCUUUGCGAGAGGGACUCAGUUCUUUUUGGCGCCGCAGUGGCAGCUUGCCGUAUUAUUGGCGCCAAACUUCCCAUGGCUGGACGCGCUACUAAACAAAGUAGCGCCAUCCCAGCUUGGAGAAAAAGAAUUGAGGACCGUAUCGCAAAGGCAAGGGCCCUUAUCGGCAGACUGACAAGCUUCAGGUCGGGUAAUAAUCUAUUAUUACCCGACCUGACCGUACCGAGGGUUGUGCGCACCGUUAGAAUGGCGUUUGUUGGGACAAAUAUCAGUUUGUCCCAGCCGGAUAUCACGCAGAAACUAACGGAGCGCAUAGACGACCUGAAGCAAAAGAUCGCUGCUUGUGGGAAGCGGAUUCGCCGAUUUACCGAGAGGUCAAGGCGGUUCAACCAGAAUCGUCUCUUCCAGAGUGAUGAGAAGAGGCUCUACAAAUCAUUAGAGCGACCAGAGGUAUGUGGAGCGGGCCCAGGGCCGGAUCAGGCUAACACUAUCGCAUUUUGGCGUGGCCUGUGGUCAGAGCCCGUAAACCACAGCGAGGGCCCUUGGACGGAAGUUGUGGCGAGUCAGUGUGCGAGUAUUAUGCCCAUGGACCCCGUCAUCAUAACGCCGAAUGACGUAGCUGAUGCAGUCCGUAGAGCCCCGAACUGGAAAAGUCCGGGGCUCGACGGGCUGCAUCACUACUGGCUGAAGGGGUUCGUGGUGUGUCACGCUGUGCUCGCCUCGCUCAGUUUCAAGAGGCUCUCAACCAGAAGUCGCUCCCCAGCCUCUUCACUACUGGGAUCACUAUUCGGUUCCUAA